GCGGCGGGGCGCGGAGGCGGGGCGGGGAGGAGAGGAGAGAGGCCCCGGGCGGGGAGGACCGUUAAGCGCCAGAUGUUUGGCAGCGACCGGGGGAGGAAGUCGCCGCCGGGGCCCUGAGUCCCGCCCGAGCCGCGCCGGAGCAGGCAGGGCCCCGCCAUGGCCCGCACGGCUCCCCCGGCAGUGCCGCCGCCCCCGGGGCCGCCGGCCCGCGGGUCCCUCGGCCUCCACCGCGCCUACCUGCGGAGUCCACUGGGCUUGCUGCGCCUGGGGCAGCUGGCCCUGGGCGCUGCCUUCUGGGUGACGGUGGCGGCUCACAAGUACGAGGGGGCGGCCCACUUUGCCCUCUUCGCCGCCGUCCUGGUCUGGCUGCUCACCCUGGCCCUCUUCGGGCUGAGCCUGCUGGGGCGCUGGGCGCUGGUGCCCUGGCUGGGCUCCCGCUGGCUCCUCACCAACCUGGUGCACGACCUGGCGCUGGGCAUGGGGCUCUACGCGGCCGCCACCGGCAUCAUGGGCUACAAGGCUGGGCGGAAAAGCUAUUGCAACCUGCCGGGCUACAGCCAGCACUGCCUCUACGGUGCCUACCUGAGCGCCUCCGUCUGCGGAGGCAUCGCUGCCUGCCUGUACCUCUUCUCCGGGCUCUACUGCCUGUCGCGGCGCUGCCGGGACCAGCGCGACAUCAUCUGAGACCCCGCGGCGCUCGGCUCCCCUUCUCCUCACCCGCGGAUGGAGCACGGCCCCCCUUUGGGACGAAGUGACCCCGCCGCCCCAUCCCCUCCUGGCUGACUGCACCGCGCUUCCUCCAGAGACUCCUGCGCAGACGGAUGGACAGACGGGGGCCUUCCCCGAGCAUGGCUUCCCCUGCAUCCUGCCGAGACAGCGUGGACACCCAGCGUCUGCACAGGCCCCUCUCCCACCCCUGGACAGAUGUAGGCUAUUGCAAGUGGAAGGACUCAAGCGGAGAGCCCGUAAGAGGGACCCCAAUUCCUGGGAGCCCCCCAGGGCCCCUGCCCACCUCCUGUGCCCCUGGCCUUGCAGAUGCUGCACGUUCAGGUGGGUGCCGACCUGUCCCUGGGGCGGAGGGGGACUGGCCUGGGGGAGCCGAGCAGGGGGCAGUGGUACAUAGCGGGGUUGGGUGGGCAUAACCCCACCCGACCCGCUGGCAGCCCCCUUCCUGCAGUUCCCAAUGGCGCGGCGCCUCCACAAGUCCCUGACGGAGGCUCUGAUCUCGGCUUCCCCAGCCCGGGCCCCUCCUCCUGUCUGGCCUGAACACAUCCGCCGUCUUGCCGGAGCCCCGCGGGGCUCAGCCCCUCCCUGCUCCGUGUUCUGGGCGUGUGGAGACACCCCGGUCCCACGCAGCCUGACGCGGCAUCACCCCGGCCCCCCUGGACACGCUGUCCUGUUUGGGGGCUGAGCCCACACCGGGCAGCGAGGCCUCCAUCACUGUGGGGCGAGGGGAAGGGCGAGUGGGGCCGUAGCCUGCUUCUGUGACCCUGGGCAGGGGAUAAAUUCCUCCGGCCUUGGGGUUCAUACUACCCCGGGGUGGGGCCUGGGGUUGAAGGGUGCGGGGCACGAGGUUGUUCUCUCCCCCUUGCCCCUCCUGCAGCGAGGUGUGUGGCUCUGAGCCACCCAGAGCCACUGGCUGCUCCGACAAGGACAGGCACGGCCUUACCGGCAGCACUGGAGACUGGCCCGCAGCCCUGCCCUGGCUCUGCAGCGCUUGAUUUAUCAUCCCAGAAAACUCUCAUUUCGGGACUCUCUGACUCCAUCUCAGGGCCCUGCGCUGUCCAGAGACCACGGUGGGGUGGGGGGGAAGGGUGAGCGCAGCAGCAUGGCGGUGCUGGGCUGCCGCUGGCACCGUGGCUGCAGGGGAGCUGGGGCCAGGCGUUGGGACACAGCCUGUCUUGAGGAACAGGAGAAGAAGAUGUAGGCAGCGGAGCUGGGCCAGCCCUGGAUCAGCCUCCAGAGCCCACCGGGUGCCAAGCCCUGAGGAGGCUGUGUAGGGCCAGCUGAAGAAACGGGCAGCCAGAGACUGGGAAUUUUUGGAGGAGCACCGCACUGGGGCUGCCCUGCCACAAGCCCUGCUUGCCCUGCCUGGAGCCAGGCCCUCUCCAUCACUCCCGCUGCGAGGGAGGGUCUGCUCCAGUCUCUGCGUGGGCUCAGAUCAGCAGGACGGGUGUCCCCAGCAUCUGGCCACAGGCUCUGGCUGUUGCCUGGGGUUCCCUGGUGCCUUUUUUGGGGUGGAGAGCAGCAGCAGUGAUCCCUCUGGGGCUUGGAGGGCUUCGGGGUUGGUGUUGGGUCACCGCUUCCAUCAUGAGGUGCUGUCUCAGCCGAUUUCCUCUCAUGCUUAGGGGCCCUGCCAGCCCCUGGAUCACCUACCCCUUAUUCCUGGGCAGGAUGUGCUGCCCCUACCCUGUGUCAGGGCUGGUCCCUGACACUGCCUGCCCCCUCCUGCUGCAGUGCAGCCCCUGGCCCAGGCUGCCCAAAAUGCCCAGAGGGGCUUCUGCCACCACAAGUGCCUUUCCCUGGCUUUCUGCAGCUCUGCCUGUCACGCCGGCUCUGUCCUCUUUGAACCCCCUCUCCGGUGCCUAUGGAUUCACCUUCCAAAUAAAGCAACGUUGGCACUCUC